GCAUCCGCGUCUGAGGUUCACGUCAAUUUCGCAAAACCCAAAGCGAAAACGCAAAUCUAUUGCCGUGCAUCGAAAGUGCCGGCACUUGAUUUAGCGGUUAGCUUCAACCGUCUUUCCCGGCCUGCCAUUCUCACGAAUCAUCGUCCUCGAGUCUUGACCUCGCAUCAUCUCAUUCGGCGCUUCCUAUUCAAUCGCUCGUUGUCACCGCGUGCUCUUUGCAAGAGGUAGUGAUCCAAAAUCAUCGUCGUAUAUCGUAUCGUUGCAUGAUCUAAGAGAAAUUUCGAGAAACAAUUCGAGUUACAACGAUCCGUCAUUAGUGAUUGUUCAGCUUCAGAGAUAAAGUAGAACAGACACUUUUGGAGUAUGUCACAGGAGGCUGAUGUUCCGACCUUCAAGUGUGUACUUGUCGGUGAUGGUGGUACCGGUAAGACAACCUUUGUCAAGCGUCACUUGACCGGCGAGUUCGAAAAGAAGUAUGUGGCCACGCUCGGUGUCGAGGUACAUCCCCUCAUCUUCCACACGAAUAGAGGCCCCAUCAGGUUCAACGUUUGGGAUACUGCGGGCCAAGAGAAGUUUGGUGGCCUUCGAGAUGGAUACUAUAUUCAAGGACAGUGUGCCAUUAUCAUGUUUGAUGUUACAUCCAGAGUUACCUAUAAGAACGUUCCCAACUGGCACAGGGAUUUGGUGAGGGUCUGCGAAAACAUACCCAUUGUCCUCUGUGGCAACAAAGUUGACAUCAAGGAUAGGAAAGUCAAGGCCAAGAGCAUUGUAUUUCACAGGAAGAAGAACCUCCAGUAUUAUGAUAUCAGUGCAAAGAGUAACUACAACUUUGAAAAACCCUUCCUCUGGCUUGCUCGCAAGCUUAUUGGCGACCCGAACCUCGAAUUUGUUGCCAUGCCUGCUUUACUCCCACCAGAAGUAACAAUGGACCCACAAUGGCAACAACAAAUCGAGAAAGAUCUCAAAGAGGCGCAGGAGACAGCACUUCCCGAAGACGAUGAAGACCUUUAGUUCUCUUACAUAAAACCAAGGCAGGGCCUAUUAUUUAAACAUGCGGUAUUCACGCAUGUCACCGCGUUUUUUUUUUCCGUAAGCAAGUCACAAGUUUUCUUUCUUUGUGUUGAUAUGAUAAAAUUUUGACUCACUAUUUAAAUGAAGUUUGAAAGUUCAAAAUAUCGAUUUGUUCGAGAGCCCGAAUAAGGAUAUUUUAAGAAAAUUAAAUAAUGUUACCCUGCACUUUCAGAGGGUCUUCUAAUGUUAGAAUCUGCGGCAGAAGUGUAUCGACAUGUAACUGAAAUUCACGACACUGAGCCAUUUUCUAUACUACUUGAAAAUUGUAUCUAAUUUGAAAAGUAAUUGCCAAUACAAAUGGAAUCGCAAGUAUGCCUCUUUAAAUUCAAUAUUCUCUAGCCAUUAUUAAUUUAAUGCAAUCUUGUAAUGCAAUUUGUGCGUGUUAAAUCUUACGUUUUUGAUCCAUCAGCCUCAAGAGUAAUAUAACUAAUAUUACUCUUUCGCACUGUUAUGUUUCACUUUACAUAAAAAGCAUAUCUAAGGAGCAUAAUGCAGUUCACAGUAUGUUGCGUCUGAUUGUGUCAAACUAAGGACUGUUUACUAUUUUUAUAAGCAUUCGUGAAUUGUAUGAUUUGUCUCUCUUAAAUUAUAAAAAAAUAGAAGCUUUUUGUACAACAUAGCUUUGUUUCUUAAUAAAAUUAUUGAUGAAAGUUGUUUCGAGAUUAUCUCUUAAAGAUAAAUAAAGAAUCAUAAAGUGCGUAUGUGUGUGAAUAUUAGAAUUUCUAUGUAAUGUGCUAACUGGAAUUUUAUUUCAAUGAAUGUAAGUGAUUGAGGCAUUAUAAUAAUGUAGAUUCUGUUUCUGUCAUGGAUGAGUCUGAUUGAAAGAAAACCUUGAACAGAUUGUAAUUGUUGUCUGGAUUCAAUAAAUAAGAAACAAUGCUA